UAAAUAAAUGUUUUGAAAACAAAUUAGAAAUAAUUAAUAAAUUAUAUUAAAAUACUCGUUUAUCAAUAAGCUUAGACAAAGCUCUUCCAUAUGUUGAAAGGCGACAAAACGCUAAAGUACGAGAAUGUUAACGGUGUCAUGUUAUCACUCAGAGUGGACGGUAGAAACAGUUCGCCGAAAUCCAGACAGUUUACUAUAUCAUACAGCAGCAAUAAUGAGGAACGUAAAUCAAAUUGGUCCAUAAUUUCGCUACUUGUAGCUGUACUGGCCAAUAUUGUAUUUCUUAUUUACGUGCGAAUCAAUUUGACUAUACUGGUAGUAAUAGUUACAGUUGUAUCAUUUAUAGUAUUCUUUUGGGUUACGCACAGUGUUCAGUCAGAGACACUGUUAGUUAUUCCAACUGUGGGCAUACAAAGUUCGGUGCAAUAUGUUGUUGGCCGGGAAGACAACUUUGUGCCGUGGACCAAAAUAGAUGACAUCAUUAUAAAUGAAGCUAUUAAGUUGAAUCGUGUUUUGUAUUUCCUCACUUUGUUAGUUAAAGUCAAUAGUGAUUAUGAGCCAGUAAAAUUAAUACCAUUAUUCAAGUACACCAAGCCCAGGCUUCUGAUGCUGGAGAGCAUUUACAAGGAGAUCCAGGAUCUGCUAACAGAACAGGCCAUUGGUGCUGGAGACACAGGAGACUAAUUUAACCUCUAGUGUUCACCACCAUACAAGGAAAAUUGGCAAUCGAAUUUAAACCAGUGGUAUUAGAAAAUAGAGCUGAAUUUGUUUUGUUUUAAUAUCGAAUGAAACAAAACAAAAGCAACUCUGUUACAUUUGAUUAAGAUUUAAAUUUUAUUUGAGGUAAUUUGUAGAGGAUAAGUUAACACAGUCAAAUAGGUUCAGUCGCCAUCAGAUA